CACGUGAAAAGACCCGAAUAGAAAUCGCCAAAUCCCAACAUGCCAAGUUGAACAAAAAUCCUCUUUGCAUAAAUCAGUCAAUCAUACGCAACCCAGAAAAAACCCCAAACCAAAAAUCGCAGAAAUUCGAUUAAUACAAAUCUAGGGUUUCAGAAAUCGCGAAGGGAAUUCCUGUUUGUUGCUUCCAACAUGAGUCUCACCCAAUUUUCAAUGUGCAGGUUGAAGAAUUAGCUUUUCUAGUAAAAGACAAUCUUCCUUGCAAGCAUCUUGUUCUAUCAAUGGAAGAUAUGCUAGUUGAUUUCCUUCAAGAUGAUACGAGCUUAGAUGAAGAGCUAGAGUUGCAGCCAAUGAAUCCCUACAAUCGUCUUCUCUUACAUCGCCUUGCUGAUAUUUUUGGAUUUUCUCACCAAUCUAUAGGUGAAGGAGAUGAAAGACAUCUUGUUUUAAAGCGUUGUGAGGACACAUCAAUGCCUUCCAUUCUUGUUUCAGAUAUGUUAUGGGAGCAUGAUGAAUACCAAUCUCCAAUCACAUCACAACUCUUAUCAAGACGAGAAGAUGGUUCUCCCGGGACAAAAGUGGAAACUUUAUCUUUAGCUCAUGUAUCUCUAGAGGACAGAGAGGCAGCUUACCUGGCAGCCCGAAACCGUAUUUUCUCAACAGAAGAUGAUGACGUGGCAUCACUUGAUAAAAAUAGGCCUCGAAAUAAUCCGAUUGUUGCUCGACGUAUGAUCGCACAUGCACUUGGUCAAAGAGUCAAACAAUCUAAUCAAGAAGGGUUGAAAAGUCAAAAGGGUGGUCAAAGUCAAACCGUUGGUCCAAGUUUGCAAUUACAAACUCGUCCGAAGUCAAACGGUCAAAGUCAAACUAAGAUAUAUUCGAAUAAGAAGGUGCCUCAACAAAAUACCGAAAAUACCCUUUCGAGUGCAAGAAAAUGUGAAAAUCUAAAAGAGGAACAUAUUGGGGCUGCAAAACGGAUGUUUGCUCAUGCCUUGAGAAUGCAUAACACAAAAGAUAAUGUAGUUUCAAAGGGUACCCAAAUCAAGCAAAAUGACAAUCUUACCCCUUAGGUUAGGGCAUUUCAAACUUGAAACAAACAAAAGGAAAAUAGAAUGUUUUUGAUGAUUCCUCUAUUCAUAGAAGACGUAUUACAACAAGAUAUAACCACAAGAUCUUCCUCUAAAAUCAUGUGAAAAAAGAAGGUGAAAUUUGGGAAGUGGAUCUUUCAAUGUUGAAGAGAAAUUUGCAAAUGAUGUCUUGACUCUUGAUGUAGGGGCUUUGGAAAAUGGUGAAUAUUUGCAAGAAAAAAAAUUUCCCUCUUUUUGUGUUCAAUUUUAGCAAUGUUUUUAAGCUAAGUUUUUGUAAUGAUGUUAUGGUGAAAAGAGGGUGAACUUAAUGUCCUUUGUAUAAUACAAGAUGUGCAUGUGAAAUUGAAGAUGGAAUUUGCCUUCUCUUUAAUAUUUUUUGCUAGAUUUGAAAUUGAA